AUGAACCUUCUAAAUAAUACCCAUAGUACAAUAUCGUUACCCUCUUUUGAGAUGAAUAAUACUUCUCAACUAUUAAAUAAAAGGGUUACUGAAAAAGAUUCAUUAUACUAUAUUUGUUUAAUAGUUAAAAAAAGAUUAGAGCAGCUACCUCUGCUAAAACCAUAUCUAAACUUAGCAUAUUCCACCGCAGAACUACUUUGCGAGCGUCAAGCAUUGUUGUUGGCUCAAAGGAAACAACAACUCCAUCAGAGUUAUGAUUCUAUUACACUCAUUUCAUCAUCCAAUUCUAGUUUCCUACAAUCUCCUGGUAAUAGAAUAAGCUCUGUCUCAAGUAUAUCUAUGGAUUCAAUGGAUAGUGAAAAAAUAAGCACCACUUCUUCAAAUGAAGGUGCUUUUGUUAUGAGAAGUUCAUCGCACAGUUCUAGCAGCAAUCUUUCAAGUAACAAAAAUGAUCUAUUGACCUUUUCAAUAGGUAUUUUGCCCAUCACCACAGAUUGUGAUCCGGUCACCCAAUUAUCUAAUUUGUUCCAACAAGGAUCCCCGUUAUGUAUUAUAUUCAAUGCAGUUAAACCACAACAUAAAUUAACUGUUGUUUCAAGCGAUGAUAUAAAAGUUUGUAAAAAAUCCAUAUAUGAUUUUAUAUGUGCUUGCAAAAUGUAUUUGACUUUGACUGAUGAAGAAUUGUUCACCAUAUCUGAUAUUUUUAGCAAUUCCACAGAGAAAUUGAUCAAAAUACUUGAUGUUAUAAAGACCUUGUUGGAUUCAGCGCCAUCUAUCUUCCCCUCAAGUUCAGCAAUAACGUACACCGCUAGUAUAGCCAAUUCUAACACAGAUCAUGGCAAAAUUGUGCGCGAGUUUUUAGAAACUGAAAGGAAAUACGUUUAUGAUUUAGAGAUUCUUUAUAAUUUCAGCAAACAAUUGGUGGACUAUAACAUAAUAAAUACGGAAGAGUUAUAUAUGUUAUUUCCCAACUUACAUGAAGUUAUCGAAUUCCAAAGAAGAUUUUUGAUAUCUUUAGAAGUCAAUGCACAGGUAGAAAAUGAAAUGCAAAGAAUUGGGUCUAUAUUUGUGCAUUCUCAAAACUUUUUUAAAUUAUAUGAGCCAUGGUCUAUUGGGCAAACUGCGGCAAUUGAUUAUAUUGCCUCCUUGCCGAGCUUCAACGCUAAUGCAUCACAUUUAAUCAUAAAAAAUAAAUUGGAAUUACAAUCUUUUCUUUUAAAACCAGUCCAAAGACUAUGCAAAUAUCCAUUGUUAUUAAAACAAUUAUUGCAAACCACACCUAUAGAGUCUCCUAAUUACAAAGAAAUGGAACUGGCUGUGGAUAUUUCAAAAAGUGUGGCCAAAAAUAUUAAUGAGAAUCAAAGAAGAACGGAAAACCACGAAGUUGUCAAAGAACUAUAUGGUCGUGUUAACAAUUGGAAAGGAUAUCAUAUUUCCAAAUUCGGUGAAUUAUUAUUUUACGAUAAAGUUAAAAUAUCUUCUGGGGGAGAUAUUUCUGACUCAGAUAGGGAAUUCGAAGUUUUCUUGUUUGAAAAAAUUAUAGUUUUGUUUAGUGAAUCAGGUCAUUAUGUUGGAAGUGAUGGGCUUAGUGGCGGAAGCAGUGGGUUGGGAUCUGCUGGUAAUAGUUUAAAAAAAACUGCUAGCAGCUCUUUAAUUUUAAAAAAGAAAUUAUCAAAUACCGUACCAACAUUGACCAAUGGUAAAAAAACCAAACUAGAUCUAAGAGGUAGAAUUAUGAUUAUCAAUAUAAAUAAAGUUACUCCAAUAGGAAAUCACAAUUUAAACAUCACAUGGGAAUCACCAAAAGAGCAGGGUAACUUUGUUCUGAAAUUUAGAAAUGAAGAAACCAGAGAUAAUUGGAACCAAUGUUUGCAGGAUUUAUGUAAACUUUAUCGAGCUGAGUUUGGGACGGCUGACACUGGUUCUCGUCAGAAUAGUUUUAUUCAAAGUUUUUCUAAUAUCAAUAUUAAUAAUAAUAGUAAUAAUAAUAAUAAUAAUAAUAAUAAUAAUCAUAAUCAUAAUAAUCAUACUAGUAUUAGUAGUGGUGCUGCGAGCAUUAGUAGUGCUACUGGUAAUAAUAGUAGUUCGGCUAAUAUUGUAAAUAACAACAAUAUUAAUGGGAGCUUAUCUUCAAGAUCAAGCGCAUAUUCUAACUUAAAGAAUUCAUCAGCAUCAGGUCGUAAUCAGCACUAUAAUAGUAUGUCUUCCUUAAAUGGGUUUCAGGUAGGUACAGGCACAAAUAAUUCCAAUAGUAGUACUAUUAAUGUAAAUAAUUCUAAUGGGCUACAAACACGACUAUCUUCGUCUGGAUCGUCAAAUCGUCAUAUUUCUGAUGUUUUACCUAAGAACAGCACCAAUUCAUCAUCAGCUACAUUAAGUAACUUUGAGCAUGAGUUGAAAUUAAUAACCGAAAAUAAUAACAAUAAUAAUGAUAUAGGAUACAAAAAUUCAAUUCCUGAUAAUGCAAUAAUGUGCAGAAUCUCGUUUAAUGAAGAUGCUAAAGUCACAAUUAUGAUACCUAAGAAUGUUCCAUUCGAUACACUAUUCAAAACAAUUCAAAGAAAGGUUUCACAUAUUGGUAAUAUGAAAAAAAUUAAGUAUCAAGAUGAAGAUGGUGACUUUGUAAAUAUGCAAAGUGAAGAUGAUUGGGAAGUUGCAAAGGAAAUGUUGGAUGAUAAUAAUGAAUAUACGUUGAACGUUACAGCUUAUACUUAG